AGAUGACAGCUUUUGUGUGAUUGUGGGGUGGACAAAAACACUGUACGAAACGAAGGAAACAUUUAAAAUAAGUUGUUUUUGUUGUUAUUUCUAAGUUUCAAACAUGGGUAAGAAGAAGAAUAAAAACAAAGUUAGUGGCGCUGUUAAAACAGCUGCAAAAACCGAUAAGAAGCUGGCUAACAAGCUAAAAAAGGAGUUAGCAAACUUGGGAGAGGAAGAUAUUGCUAAAGUGAUAGCUCAAAUAGAGAAAGAGGAAGCUAAAAGGGCAGCUGCAUCGGAGAAGACCCUGUCAGCACCUCCCAGUCCUCGCGCGUACGCCUCACUCACUCCACAUCCUCUAGUGAAUGAACUGAUUCUGUUUGGAGGUGAAUAUCAUGAUGGACAGAAGACAUUAGUUUACAAUGAGUUGUUGUUCUACAACCCUGAGAAAAACACUUGGAGGCAGGUGAAGGCACCGGGGGGACCCCCUCCGAGAUCGGCCCACCAGGCCAUUGCUACUCCAGCUAAUAAAGGAGAGCUGUGGGUGUUUGGCGGAGAGUUCACAAGUCCUUCAGAAACACAGUUCUACCACUACAAGGACCUCUGGUGCUUCUCUUUAGCCGAGAAGAAAUGGGAAAAGGUAUCAGCACCAAACGGCCCCUCCCCGCGCUCCGGCCACCGCAUGGUGCAACUCGGGCACAAACUCUUCGUCUUCGGCGGCUACUGCGACGACGGGCGCGAGUGCCGCUACUACGACGACCUGCACGCCUUCUGCCUCGACACCCGCACGUGGAGUAAGGUGGAGACUGGUGGUAGGGGCCCCGCCGCGCGCUCCGCGUGUAUUAUGCUGCCCGCUGGGCCGGAUUCGCUCCUAGUAUACGGCGGGUUCUCCCGCGUGAAGGAGGGCCGCACGGAGCACACGCACACGCACACGGACAUGUUCCGCCUGGUCUGCAAGAACGGCGGCUGGACGUGGCGCGCGCUCGGCGCCGGCGGCCCACUAUCGCCUCCUGCCAGGGCUGGACAAGCCGCGACGGCUAACGUGCAGGCGGGCAGAGGAUAUGUCUUCGGUGGAAUACUUGACGUAGAAGAGACAGAAGAAGAGCUCCGCGGCGAGCUGAGCGACAGUCUGCUCAUGCUGGACCUGGAGGCGGCGCGCUGGCACGCGGUGACGCUGGGCGGCGCCCGGCAGGCCAGGGCGGACCAGGAGACACAGGAUGAGAAGGAGCCUGAGCCAGAGCCUGCAGUUGUGGUAACAGACGAGGUGUUCACGAUGAAGAUCGGCGGCGCCCCCGCCCCCGCCGCCGCGGCCCCCGGCGCCCCCGCCCCCGCCCCCGCCCCGCGCGCCGGCCCCACCCCCCGCAUGUCCGCCAUGAUGUGCGUGCAGAGGUCCGUGCUCUACGUGUACGGGGGGCUGCUGGAACAGGAUGAGAAGCACUUCUAUUUGAGCGAUUUGUAUGCGCUGGACCUGCACAAGUUGUCAGAGUGGAAGACGGUGGUAGCUCAGCCCGGGCUGCCCGCGUGGUACGGCUCCGACUCAGAAUGGGACAGCAGUGAGGGCAGUGACAGCGACUCCAGCGAGAGUGAGGAUGAUGAAUAAAGGAGGUCAUGAAGUA